ACGGUGCGUUGCUUUUACCCUUAUUACGGUAAUAUAGAUUCCUGCUGCGCCUCUCCAUCAGUCUUUACGGCCCCGCCGUGGCACCACGUGUCCGGAAGUAGCUCUGCUUGUAUCUCUGCUUGGUGUUUUGAGACAGAAAGAAGAAGCUCCAGAGGAGAAGCAGCAGAGUUGAGAAGCUUCAGGCCGGGCUGCUGAGACUGGAGGCCGGCGGGGCUGAAACAUGGGCCUCCUGGCGAGGCUCCGGAAGGAAUGGUUCAUCAUCGGGAUAGUCCUGGUCAUCCUAUCCGCCAAACUGCAGCCAGACGUCGGUGUCAAAGGAGGACCGUUGAAGCCAGAGAUCACCAUCGCCUACGUCGCCGUCGCGCUCAUCUUCUUCAACAGCGGCCUGUCUCUGAAAACAGAGGAGUUGACCAGUGCGUUGCUCCACGUCCGGCUCCACCUGUUCGUCCAGUCCUUCACGCUCGUCUUCUUCCCGCUGGUCGUCUGGCUGCUGCUCAAAGUCCUCGGGCUCACCGCCAUCGACCAAUGGCUGCUCAGAGGGUUACAGACGGUGAGCUGCAUGCCCCCGCCGGUCUCCUCGGCUGUUAUUCUCACCAAGGCCGUCGGAGGCAACGAGGCUGCUGCCAUCUUCAACUCAGCGUUUGGCAGCUUCCUGGGCAUCAUAGUGACUCCUGUGCUGCUGCUGCUGUUUCUCGGCUCGUCGUCCUCCGUUCCCUUCUCCUCCAUCUUCUCUCAGCUCUUCAUGACGGUGGUGGUUCCUCUGAUCCUCGGUCAGGUGUGUCGUGGUUUCCUCAGGGAGUAUCUGGAGCGGCGGAAGCUCCCGUUCGGCGCCGUCAGCAGCGCCGUCCUCCUCAUGAUCAUCUACACCACCUUCUGUGACACCUUCAGUAACCCCAACAUCGAGCUGGACCCCACCAGCCUGCUGCUGGUCGUCCUCAUCAUUUUUUCCAUCCAGCUCAGCUUCAUGCUGCUCACGUUUGCCUUUUCUACCAGGUCGGGCUCAGGUUUCAGUCCUGCAGACACCGUCGCCAUCAUGUUCUGCUCCACACACAAGUCUCUCACUCUGGGUAUCCCGAUGUUGAAGAUCGUGUUUGAGGGCUACGAGCAUCUCUCUCUGAUCUCGGUCCCUCUGUUGAUCUACCAUCCAGCUCAGAUCCUGCUUGGCUCCGUCCUCGUGCCGAGCAUCCGGAGCUGGAUGAACAGCCGCCAGAAGUCUAGUUUGUUGUUGAGAUAGGGCCGCAUUCCAACAACACUACUGCCCCGAGCGGUGAAACUGUCGGCUCUUCAGCCCGUCUGACGAGGAUGAAACGAGUGUUUUGACGGUUCUGCACAAGUUUGUGCUGUGAUGGCGGACCACAGCGGAGGGAUACAGUCAAAACGUGCCUUAUUACAAACAAUCAACGGAGAACCUCAACGCAACGGACGGGACGCGGUGGCGCACUCAGUUUCUACGACAACGAAAAAACUCAAAUUUCAUAUUUCCAUCAAAUAUAUUCUUUUAUAUUUAAAAGAAGUUUUAUUUUUAUAUGAAAUACCCCCCAAAACAAUCCUGCAAAAAAAAGGACGGCUGCUUUUUUUUUUUUAAAGACAAAUGGAGCGUUUGAUUUGAAAAGCAGCACCUCCCCUCCCAGCAGGAACAGGACGGGCGGAGUUACUGGGACCAUUCUUUUUUAUCUUUUUUUGCUAUUUUCUACUUUUUCUACUCUUUCUUCGAGCUGUCACUGCCAGAGAAUGUGUUUGAUUUAUGUUCUUGAUAGAAAUGCUGUCUGAUUUGACGUUAAAUAUACAUUAUAUAUAAUGAC